GAAUGAUGAUGAUAUUUUUGUAAAAGAUGAUAAUUUUAAAAGUGCCUUAGAAUUAUUUGAUGGAUUUUUAAAAAAUGAUAAUAUGAAUAAUAACUCUGAUGUAUCUGAUAAUAUUCUAGAAUCAUCAGAAAAUAUUGAAAGAGAUAACCUCGAACUACCUGACAAAGAAGCUAUUUAUGAUAAUCAUUCUUGUUUAGAUGGAAAUUUUCUAAAUCUUAUAACAUUUUUGAUAUUUAUAUAA